UUAAUCAACUACUCCUAAUUACAACUAAGUUAAAAACCAUUUCAGCUCUAUUUAGUUUUGUCCGCUGAAUUAAGAAACUCACCCAAAUUCGAGUUUCUCUUUCUGAAGAACACAAACCCUAGCCGCCUCAAAUCCAACUCCUUCGAUACAGAGCCUACCUCAGAUCUACUCUCUUCCAUGGACAAUUUCGGUGUUGGUGGCGUCGCCGGUGAUGGGAUUCGAGUUCCAGACGAAUCUAACACGGUGGUGCCCCAAACUCCGACUUUCGUCCUUAAUGGCUUCGCCGACGAUGGGACUCGACUUCAGCCAAUCGAAUCUGACACGGUGGUGCCCGAAACUCCGAGUUUCGUCCUUGGUUGCUUUGUCGAUGAUGGGAUUCGAGUUCAGGCAGUCGAAUCUGAGACGGUGGUGCCCGAAACUCCGAGUUUCGUUCUUGAUGGCUUCGCCGAUGAUGGGAUUCGAGUUCAGGCAGUCGAAUCUGAGACGGUGGUGCCCGAAACUCCGAGUUUCGUUCUUGAUGGCUUCACCGAUGAUGGGAUUCGAGUUCAGGCAGUCGAAUCUGAGACGGUGGUGCCCGAAACUCCGAGUUUCGUUCUUGAUGGCUUCGCCGAUGAUGGGAUUCGAGUUCAGGCAGUCGAAUCUGAGACGGUGGUGCCCGAAACUCCGAGUUUCGUUCUUGAUGGCUUCGCCGGUGAUGGGAUUUGAGUUCCAAUCGAAUCUGCCAGUGUGGAGCCUGAAACUCCACCAUCUUUACUUGAUGGUUGGGCCGUUGACUGGUCCUAUGAUAGAAAAAUACGGUACCUUAAAUUGCUAGACGUCUGGUGUCCUGGAGUCUUAGCCCUCUACACUCAGGUUAAGAAAUUUUAUUUUAUGCCCUGUGAUUGUCUGAUGAGAUUUAUGUUGGUGGAUUGUCUUGCCCUGUGAUGAACGAUGCAUGCAUUUUUUUCUGAGGGUUGUUAUUGAUAUGAGUGAUUGUAUGGCUCUGAAAAAUCCAAGAUCGUUCACAUUUGAGUCGGGAGAAUUGGGUGGUUGGCAUACCAGUUUCAUACUGAAUCCAUCUUCAUUUGCAGCUGCUUUGAAAUCCUCAUCAUUUGGAUCAAUAUGAGG